ACUUCGGUGCUCGGGUCCAGAGGACUUUGACGGUAAGCAUCGAUGUGAUUCCUAAGUAGUUUACCUUACCCGGCUCAAGGUGUUGAAUCUCAUGAUUGCAAAAAUAUUCUUAAGGGAGAUUCAUCCCCACUGGUACAACUUCAUUCUUUACAAUCCAGUACAGUCCGUUUUUCAUUCUCUCCCUUCUACAUUCGAUUUCUUUUUUUUCUUUGGCAACCUCACUCGAGGACCAUAACAAUCUUUUAUACUACACAAACUUCAACACCGAAUCCCGUAUAUUAGAAAGUUUCAGGGAACUACAUCAUGCGUCUUCACAUUCUUUUGGCCUUGUGCCUUUCGUUUUGCCAAAUUCAAGCAAGUCCUCUUUUCGGAUGGUUCUUUAAUCCAAUUGCCACUCUUCAGGCAGACCUUCUCAAUAUCAUCAAUCAAGCCGAGUGCUUAGUUUCCACAAAAGUUUCUUAUAUCCCAUCAAUCCUUACCAGUGGAAACACCAAUGCCGUUACAUCAAAUAAGUGUUCAACAACAAGCGGCAAAACUACCAGUGCCGCAGCUGUCCAAAGUUCCCUCUCUUCUCUUCAAUCUGUAGCUUCAUCUAAAUGGAGUUCGCUCCAGAGCUUAUUGUCUACAACUACUUCGCUUCCUCCCAUUCUUACUACUAGUCUCACUACCUCAACGGCUAAGCCUACGAGCACUUCGAGUGUCACUUCAACAUCAACAACUGCAAAUACUGUGUCUUCAACUGCCAAGCCAUCCUCGAUCACUAGCACAACUUCUCCAGUAUCCUCUUCAACAGCGUCCUCGACCAGCAAAACUUCAAGCUCGGCUGUAGCAUCAGGAACCCCAUGCGCAGGCAAUACCGCUGCUGAUAGAUCAAAGUGGUGUGACUAUUCGACAAGCACUGAUUACUACAAUGAAGUGCCAGAUACUGGUGUCACUCGCGAGUACUGGUUCAACGUUCAAGAUGGCGUUGCUUCACCUGAUGGAUUUUCAAGAUAUGUUCAAACUAUCAAUGGAAGUAUCCCAGGGCCAACCAUUAUUGCCGAUUGGGGUGAUGAUGUCGUGGUACAUGUGACAAACAGUCUCGCUACCAACGGUUCAACUAUUCAUUUCCAUGGUAUUCAUCAAAAGAAUACCAACCAAAACGACGGAGUUCCAUCAGUUACCCAAUGUCCUAUUGCAUAUGGAAAUACUUAUACCUACAGAUGGAGAGCUACUCAAUAUGGUUCAUCAUGGUAUCAUUCUCAUGUUGGACUUCAAGCAUGGGAAGGUGUUGCUGGUGGUAUUAUCAUCAAUGGUCCUGCCACAGCUAACUACGACGAGGAUAAGGGAACGCUCAUGCUUAGUGAUUGGGGUCAUGAAACUGUUGAUGAGCUAUAUCAAAAGGUUCAGACUGUUGGUCCUCAAUCAAUGACUACAGGUCUUAUCAAUGGUACCAAUGUUUUUGGGGCGGAUGGUGCUAGUAAUCAAACUGGUUCUCGUUUCUCAACUAGUGUUGAGUCAGGCAAAUCAUACAGAUUCCGUCUUGUAAAUAGUGCCAUCGAUUCUCAGUUCAAGUUCUCCGUCGAUAGUCAUACCAUGACUGUUAUGGCGAUGGAUUUUGUUCCUAUUGUUCCGUAUCAAACUGAUAUUCUCAACAUUGCUAUUGGACAACGCUACGAUGUAGUCAUCACCGCAAACCAAGCAUCUGUCGCCUCUGAUUUCUUCAUCCGCGCUAUUCCCCAAUCUUCCUGCUCUGAAAACGAUAAUUCAGAUAACAUCCGAGGUGUUCUCCACUACGGAUCUUCAACCGGUCUCCCUACAACCACCGGCUACACUUUCACAGACGAAUGUGUUGACGAACCUGUCUCCUCGCUCGUUCCAUACCUCCCAAAAACCGUUUCAGCCGCUUCUAAGAGCCCCGAAGAAGCCGUCACCGUUGCUCAAAAUUCACAACAACUUUUCAAAUGGUAUCUCAACAACUCUACCUUCCUCUCAGAAUGGGAAGAUCCAACUCUUCUCAUGGUUCAAAAUAACAUCACCGCAUUCGGAACACCAGAUAAUCUCGUCGAGGUACCCAACGCGAAUGAAUGGAUCUACCUCGUUAUCCACAGCGCGCUCCCCGUUCCCCAUCCCAUCCAUCUCCACGGCCAUGACUUCUUCGUCGUCAGCCAGCAGGCCACCACAUUCGAUGCCACCACCGCCAUUUCCACAUACAAUCUUAACAACCCCCCACGAAGAGACGUGGCCACGCUACCCGGAGGUGGAUACCUCGUUCUCGCAUUCGAGACGGACAAUCCCGGAGCCUGGCUCAUGCAUUGCCAUAUUGGAUGGCACACCAGCAUGGGAUUCGCAAUGCAGUUCUUGGAGCGCGCGAGCGAGAUCCCAAAGCUGUUGGAUACCACGCAGUUGCAGGAUACGUGUGCGGCGUGGACUGGACAUGCCGUGAUACAGGAGGAUUCGGGGGUUUAGAUUUGGGGGGUUUAUAUAAUUAUUUCUUGUCGCUCUUUUUAAGAUUUUAUUUCUAUUUGUGUUGGAUGAUGGAUUGAUGGAUGCUAGAUGCUUGAUGCUAGAUGCUAGAUGUUAAAUAUCUAGGGGAAAAAGGAGAAGACGAGGAUAUAUCAUAUAUCCAAGAUUAGAAACUCGAGUAGAUGAGUGAGAGUAAUGAUAAUUGAUCAUUCGUCUAUGCAGACGAAGAAAGAAGGAGACGGGCAAAAAGAGGAAGAGAUAUCAAUGGAUAGGUAUCUACCUAGAUCAAUCGAUGAUAACAUAUCACCGGAUAGGAUAGUAUCUAAAUAUAAUCUAAAACAAUUUUUAUAAAAAAUA